UUCCGGCCCCACGUCUCAUUCUCCUACCCAGUCCUCCAGCGCAGCGCAGCGCAGCGCAGCAGCAACCCCGGCCUACAUAGCCGCUGGAUAGAUAGGCCGAUUGAUUCUGGCACGCACAACGCAGCCGGCCGGCGUCUUCUCCCAGCUCGCUCGAUCCCCGACGAAGGGACGAAAAUGUCGGCGGCCGCCUCGGAGGACGAGGAGCUGUCUCCGGCGGAGGCGCGGCUGGCGAUGAUGGAGCUGGCAAACAUGAUCUCGGUCCCGAUGGCGCUCACCGCCGCCAUCCGCCUCGGGGUGCCGGGCGCCAUCUGGGCGGACGGCGCCAACGCGCCGCUCUCCGCCGCCGACCUCCUGCCCGCCGACCACCCGGACCCUUCCGUCCUCGAGCGCGUCCUCCGCCUGCUCGCCUCCCGCGGCGUCUUCUCCGAGCACCACGGGCCUGGGCCUGCUGAGCCGACGCGGCGGUUCGCGCUGACCGCCGUGGGCCGCACCCUGGUGCCCGCGGGCCCGUCGGGGGCGUCCUACGCCGACUACGUGCUGCAGCACCACCAGGAUGCGCUGGUCCUCGCCUGGCCCCGCCUCCACGAGGCCCUGCUCGACCCCGCCGGCCCCGAGCCCUUCGCCCGCGCCCACCGCGGCCUCCCCGCCUACGCCUUCUACGCCCAGGACAAGGAGGCGAACGAGGUGAUGCUGCGGGGGAUGACGGGGGUGUCGGAGCCGUUCAUGGAGGCGCUGCUGGACGGCUACGCCGGGGGCUUCGAGGACGUGCGCACUCUGGUAGACGUCGGGGGCAGCUCCGGCGCCUGCCUCGACAUGAUCAUGCGCAGGGUCGGCACCAUUGCCCAGGGCAUCAACUUCGACCUCCCCGACGUCGUCGCCGCCGCGCCGCCCAUCGCCGGAGUAAGGCACGUUGGUGGAGACAUGUUCAAGUCCAUCCCCUCCGGAGACGCCAUCUUCAUGAAGUGGGUUCUGACGACAUGGACAAACGACGAGUGCACGGCGAUCCUCAAGAACUGCUACGGCGCGCUGCCGGAGGGCGGGAAGCUGAUCGCCUGUGAGCCGGUGGUGCCGGAGACGACGGACACCAGCACGAGGACGAGGGCGCUGCUGGAGAACGACAUCUUCGUCAUGACCACCUACCGGACCCAGGGGAGAGAGCGGUCAGAGGAGGAGUUCCGGCAGCUCGGCCUCGCAGCUGGCUUCACCGCCUUCAGGGCCAUCUACCUGGAUCCUUUCUAUGCUGUCCUGGAGUAUCUCAAGUGAUCUCAACUUAUCCAUUUGUUGCUGAGCAAACUCACGCAUCAUGUAUGAGGCCCUAUUUGCUGUCAGGUUGGACAUACGUUUGAGUUCCUGAACACGAGCAUCUCUCUGAAUCAUUUUAAGUGCAA